AUGGUUUUGGCCUCUUCUGCUGGUGAUUGGGAUGAAAUAAAACAAAGCAAAACAAAACAAGCCAGCACCAAGUCUAGUAUCUAUGAUGUGUCUGCUGCUCAAAAAAGGCAACUUUCAAGCUGUAAUGGCUCAGAUGGAGAGACAGUUCCUUCGCCACCUGGUGGGGUGGUGUGCACGGGUUCGAGUCUCGCUGUUGAUCCUCUGAUUCCCCUACGGACUCCGGCGGGCAGCUGCCAGCAGCCGAGGGGAUUAAACACGGGGCCACCGGCAGAGGUUGGCAACAACGCACGUCAACCCCGGGUCAGAGGCAGUGCGACAGCGAUGGGAUUCACUCGAGCCGCCCCAUGUAACGUUCAGGUCAUGAAACCAUUGGCUUUAUGUCAUGUACUUUUGGAAUCUUGGCGACGAAGUAGCCAAACCAACGGCAAGCUUUCGCCUGAUCAAACGGAUGAACGGAAGAGAAGCAAUGAUCACAUUGUUUCUCUCUAAACUAUUCUUCUAUCGGCACGUUCCGCAGAGCCUGGAACUUCGGUUUUAUUGGAAUCUUGUAAUUCCUUAACAGAAAAUUACGAUUAGUAGGAGAUUAUUAAUUAGACAAUUAACAUAAAUACUUGUUAGUUCAAUUGCCAAAAAUCCGCGGAACACUACAGGCUCAUUUCAACAGUUAACG